UGCACAAGCUGCCGUACGCGCGCGAGUAUAGCCAGCGCUUGUAAGUACCCAGAAUUUUGGUAUCUCCAUGCGGUACAACAUGCCCUCGACGCGUUGUGCGGUAGAUGGGUGCCAGCACUACAGUAUGAGUACUACUGGCAUAUCGUACCACUUGCUGCCCGUCGACGAAAACAGGAAAAGGCUAUGGGAAGAGGCUACUGGUCGGUCGUUGCCACCUUAUGCUCGCGUCUGCUCUGCGCACUUCUGUGCCUCGGACUACCUGCCGUUGUCGAUGUAUCACAAGCGAAGACGCCUUAAAAGGACAGCUGUGCCAUCUCUCUUCGUGCGUACCAGGAAGCGGACGGUACGAAAACGGCUACAAAGCUCGGGCGUGCCGUGUACCUUCGUGUGCACCGGUGGACUCACGUUUCACCGUGAUGUGUUCGUGGGCAGCAUUGCCACAGCUGAAGUGGGGGCAUAUGCAGAGGUCAGCACAACUAGUUGUGCUGCUGAAGCUUCUGAGCUGGCUCCAUAUAAUGGUGCAUCAGAGCAGCAGCACAUUGCAGCCAGUGAAGUGGCAACAAACACAGAGGAUAGCAGAAUGAUCAGUACUGCAAUCAAUGCUCCUGUGCUGAGUGAGCCACAUGAGGAACACGCCUAUGCAUCUAGGUUGUUUGCUCCAAGAUUUGUCCCUGCAAGCACCCAGGCCAACCUGCUUGUAUCACCUGAAAAAAGAGAUUUUGCCACCCAAACAGAGCUUUUGGUGUGGCAAAGGAGGUGAUGCAAAAUUAUGUAGCUAUUUUGCCCACUGCGACUUCCGCACGAAAGCAACAACAGAAAAGUGACGCAUACGAAAUCUUGGAUGACUCUGUAGAAGCCAGCCCUAUCGUGGACAUAAAUGACCACAGCUACCUGCCGACAUCGGAUAGCAGCAUGGAAUUGUUUGGCCAGCAGAAGAGGUUGCCCUUAUCGAAGCAUAAAAAGGCCGGGACCUUUGUCUGCUUGGAGAAGAGAGGCAUUAUUCAUAUGGGCAUUCAGCCAAGUACCUGACCUAAACCUUGAUGGAUGCUGAGACGACAAUGAUAAUCCGCUUUGUGCAUGUGCAGGUUGGAGAGUCAACAGAUGUGAAAACAAGCCCACACGUGGAACCAGCAGGCUUGAUAACGGGCUUUGCUUAUCUGAAGCACAUUGAUCUGAAGGUUGCCUCACUAACGACUGACCGCCAUCUAGGGAUCAGAAUACCUGCGUGACCAUGAUAAUGAUGUCAACCAUGAGCUAGACAGCUGGCAUGUUGCCAAAGGACUUACAACUUUCACAACUGGCAUGAAGAGCCGUACCAUCAGUGCCUGCAUGACGAACUGCCUCACAAGGAUUGGCUUGGCCCCAAAGCAGUUGUGUUCCAUAAGCCCAGUGUCAUUGUCUUGAAUCGUCGACUUUUGAUGGACAUUGCACAGCUGUCGUCCAAAACCCAGACGUUUUGCCUAGGAUCAUUCCAUGCGCUGCCGAUAUGCUUCGCUCCUAAGUCAGUGGCGUACUCACCAAAUGUCAUGCCUACGAGGUAAAGUGUUGCUAUAUGUCUUGAACAGUGUUUGAAAAGUUGAUUGAAAAAUUUUUUCACGUAUUUAUUGUUCUCUGAUUGACUGUGGUGCUGAUGUUGUUAUCUUGGCUGAAACAUGGCUUUCAAUCAAAAUAUGUGAUAGUGAAAUCUUUCAGUGCAGCAGUGCAUAUAACUUUUACAGAUCUGACCAUAAAUGCGAAAUUGGUUGUCGUGUAUUUA